ACCUUGAUGAUUUGAAUAAGCCAGCAUUUUAUGAACAGUUGAAAUUUAGUUAUCAAAGACAAUUCAAAGGUUUAGAAAAGAUUCUUGAAGAUGAAGUAAUAGCAAAAAUGUUGGAAAAAUUUGGAUCUUUCAAAGAAACAGAAUCUAUAGAAAGUUUUUUUGAAUCUUUCAAUAAAUAUGAAAACUUUAGAAGUGUUAUAUUUGUUGAUAGAAUGCGACAUUUCAUUUUGUCUGCA